AUACAAGUGGCGUCGAAAACCCUUUCUAUAUGUUUUAACGCAAUCUUCGCUAGGCCCCCAUAUGUAAUUUUGUCAUCCAUCUGGCUUAUUGGCUUAUUCGCUUAUUCGCUUAUUUUGCAGUCCUCUAAACUCCGCGCAGAACGAAACCCUAAUUUUCUGUUGUGGCCAUCAAGCUUUUUUUCCCGUCGAUACUUGGUGCUGUUGUGGGCGGAUUCUCCUCCAUAUCUUCGUCGUCGAUCUGCUCCAUCGCUAGUACCUAUCUGUUUUUCAUAAUGUGUUGGUCAAAGCAUCGUACCUGGUAGUCCCGAACUCCUGAUGCCCGAAACCGCCAUAGAUUCUCCAUUGGGCCUGUACCAGUUGAUCUCUCUGGACAUUCAGGAUCUGGUCAUGGUGGCUUCAGUUACUUUUUGUGGCAACGCUAACUCGUGUGUCUCGGAUGUUGAAUAUUAUGAGUGUAGCCAUUCGUUUUGUUCCAAAAUGAGGCUGAAAAGUUCUGCUUGGGAAUACUUUGAUGCUGUUUCCAGUAUGUGUAUAUGCAACGGGGAUGAUAUUGUAUCACAAAUACAGCAACACACGGAAGGCUGCUCAUCCGAUGGGUGCUCGGAUGAUGUUCAGUGUUCUUCCUCCGGAUGUAACCCAAUCAACAGGGCAGGUCCACAUGUAGCAAUGGAAGGAAGCUGCAAAUCACUGAACACUAGUGGUGACAAUCAUCAGUCUUGCAGUGUUGGAGGGAUCCAUUGCCAGGACAAUAGUUAUGCUAGAUAUGCUGAAGCUGUGAGUGGUUGGAUGUAUGUUAAUGAAUGUGGGCAGAUGUGCGGUCCUUACAUUCAGGAACAGUUACAUGAAGGCUUAUCAACUGGGUUCUUGCCAGAAGAACUUCUAGUCUAUCCUGUUGUUAAUGGGACUCUACUAAAUCCGGUACCUUUGAAGUACCUCAAGCAGUUCCCUGAACAUGCUAACACAGGUUUUGCAUAUUGGACUCCAAGUAUUACCUCCACCUUAUCGAGUGAGCCUUCAAAUGGUUAUACUUCUUGCAGUAAUAACUUACUGGCUGUUGGACGAGUUGAAUCUGUUGGAUAUGCUUUUUCCUCCACUGUGUCUCCCGAAUUACUCUGUGCACCCAAAUCAUCUGUUAAUUACAGUAGUUGUGGCUUGGAGAUACAAAAUCCAAACUCAGAAGGAAUGAACUGGGUGUCAUUGAACAUACCAAUGUCGCAAUCGAGCGAGGAAUUGUGUUGGGUGUUUGAGGAUGAUGAGGGAAGGAAACGUGGUCCACAUUCAUUUGCAGAACUUUAUUCUUGGCAUCGCUAUGGAUAUCUUCAUGAUUCAUUGAUGAUAUUUCAUGCGGAUAACAAGUUUCGUCCCUUUCCUCUAAUAUCUAUGGUAAAUGCAUGCCGACUGGAGAGUCCCAAGAAUGUUUGUGUGGAUGAGACUCAACAAAGUCAAAGCCGCUCUUUCAUAGGUUUCAUAUCUGAAAUAUCAGAAGAAGUCUGUGCCCAACUACAUAGAGGGAUCAUGAAAGCAGCUUGGCGCGUGGUGGUAGAUGAGAUAGUUAGUAGCAUCAUACCCGAGUUUUUGGCCGUGAAGAAAGCUCAGAAACAGCUCAAACAGGAGCCUGCAAAUCUGCAGUCUGGGUUUACCAAGGAAAGGAAGAAGUGCAACCCUUCUAGAAAUGAAUUUUCUGGGGCUUGUUCUGUGUCAGACAUGAUUGUUCCUGUUUGUAAAGCAUCUAUAGAAUCUCCAACAAGUACAACUGAUGUUGGCAGUAUUCAAACUUUCUUGGGGGCAUUAUCACUAAGCCAUAGAAUGCUUUUUGAUUCUUGUAUUCAAGUUAUGUGGAAUGCUGUGUUCUAUGACCCUGUAGCAGACUAUUCUUGUGCGUGGCGGAAAAGAAGACGUUGGUCGGGGUAUCCUCUAUUACCAUCUGCUGUAGCAGGUCUUGAACAGGACUUGUUGCUUAAGGAUUCCAUGGGCAUACAUGGGAAGCCUACUGCUGCGCCUGUGCAACCAAAGGAGUCUUUUACUUGUGAGGCUGAUUGUCCUGGUUUUCGACUUGUGGGGAUAAACACUGAUAUUCAUGACAACUCUUCAUUUUCCUCUUACAUGGAGGAAGUGCCUCAGAAGCUGGACUGUCUUCCUUGCUUGAGCCAAAAUCAUGAUGAUAUGGGGUAUAUCCAAGACAAAGUAGAAGAUGCGCUGCAUUUGUCAAUGAAGGCGGCAUUGGUUGAGUAUUUCAAAACAUUGAUAGAGGUGGAAGUGAUAAAAUUAUCCGAUUCUGUGGCAGAAAACAAACAUAAUGAGGCUGAUGUUUGUCAUGAUAAGCAUUCUUACAGAACCUGUCAGUAUUCUGAGUCUUGUGGCUUUGGUUCUCUCGAUAUACCUGCUGUUUGGAGGAAGAAAAUCACUGGUAUUUAUGCAGAAAAUGUUUCCUCGGAUGUUUCCCAAACUGCAGGGCUAGCUGCAAGAUAUCUUCUUCAUUCUUCCACUUCUCCAUCUGAAAGUUCUCCUUCAUAUCGUUUUAGAAAUGCAUUUGAAAGGAUGUGCUUGCCAGUAGCUGAUACAGUUGAUGACAAAGAGUUGAAUGUACCCCCACCCCCUGGUGUUGAAGAUGUUACCGGACCUGUUGUUCCUUCAGAGAAUAUCAGAUUUCGACCAUCAUUAUCGAAUGAAUGCAUUCCUCAGGUUGGCAAAUAUGUUACUACGGCAAUAUGCCGACAAAGGUUGCACAUUGAUGUGCUUAAAGAGUGGAGUUCUUCGGUUUUUGAAGAUGUUCUUCGCCAAUGUUUCCUUUCGUGGUGUGCAUUGAGAAGAAAAUAUGAAUCUAAUGCCUCUGAGGAAACACUUGAGGACCGAUCGAGGCAGCGGCACCAAGCAGGCUCAUCAGAUGAAUCUUUGGUGCUUCGUAAAUAUACAUAUUUUCGUAAGAAAAAAAAUGGACGGAACAAGCUAGGCCCUUUAUCGGAGGUAAUAGCUUCUGGGGACAAUAGAUUGCCACAUCCAGGCAGGGACGAUCUUGGGAAUGACAAGAUUCCCGAAAUUCCAUCAGAUACAGUGACAGUGGAAAGAGUAAAUGUGAAUUUUCAGAAUAAAGCAAGUAAACGUAAAGCUGAAUCUCCUGUAAAUGGGAUUAGAUUGCCUGAGGACUGCUCACCAGCAAGUUCAGCUCGUAUGUUGAGGAAGAAAACUCGCAUUGAUCAGAAAAUUAAGGAAUCAUAUCUGAAAAGAGACCUUUUAGUGUAUGGCGUUCCACCGGAACCUUCUAAGGCUUUCAAACCACCUUUAUCGGUUAUGGCUAAGAAAGCACCAAAUAGACAAGCAGUAAGGAAGGUCAAGUCUACAAUGUUCAGAAAAUCAAAUCCAUGCCCUAAAUCUGAUGGCUGCGCUCGGUCUUCAAUUGAUGGUUGGGAAUGGCACAAAUGGUCACUGAAUGCAAGUCCUGCUGACAGAGCUCGUGUUAGAGGAACUCAAUUUGCUCACACUCAGUAUUUAGGGUCAGAAGUUAGUGUAUCUCAGUGUUCAAAUGCAAAAGGCCUUUCUGCAAGAACUAAUAGGGUUAAGCUCCGUAAUCUUCUAGCUGCUGCAGAUGGUGCUGAUCUUUUGAAAGCAACUCAGUCAAAGGCAAGAAAAAAGCGUCUACGUUUCCAACGGAGCAAGAUACAUGAUUGGGGUCUUGUUGCUCUCGAGCCGAUUGAAGCGGAGGACUUUGUAAUUGAAUAUGUAGGUGAAUUGAUUCGUCCACGGAUAUCAGAUAUACGCGAACGUCAAUAUGAAAAGAUGGGAAUAGGCAGCAGUUACCUGUUUAGAUUGGAUGACGGCUAUGUGGUCGAUGCUACAAAGCGGGGUGGAAUUGCAAGAUUUAUAAACCACUCAUGUGAGCCUAACUGCUACACCAAGGUUAUCAGUGUUGAUGGUCAGAAGAAGAUCUUUAUUUAUGCGAAGAGGCAGAUAUCUUCUGGUGAAGAAAUCACAUAUAACUACAAGUUCCCACUGGAGGAGAAAAAAAUUCCUUGCAACUGUGGUUCUAAGAGGUGUCGUGGGUCAAUGAAUUAAGAUGUCAGAAAUGCUGCUACCUUUGACUCUUAUGCAAUAGGUUUAUGCAUAAUGCACAGCUGCCUGUGCUGGAUUAAGGCGUACAGCUUACUUCCUGGACAAGCACCAAUGAGCUCACUACUGUCUUCCUGGAGCUGGCUGCUUUGGUUAAGUUGCCUGGCAUCCAUGCUUGCUAUUGGAAAGCUUUGUCCUUGCUUCCUGUGGCAGAAAUUGUAACUGUUAAUCAAAGAGACAAGAUGAUUUGCAACGAAGUUCUUCUGGCCUUUUUCCCUCGUAUGUUAUACAUUAUGCCAUGCUACCAUCAUCUGUCAAGAACAGCGAUUGGGUGGGGCCCUGGUUCGUUUUCAGGCUGAGAAUUAUGUCUGCCAGUCGAGAGAGACGAGUUACAGUUCAUGUACCUUCAUGUAGAUGGUCUCAUUUGCAGAUGAGUUUCUCCACUUAACUGUAAAUUGGUUUACCAAUUUCUCAUUCCACGCUUGGAGCUGUUGGAAUUGCAAGUCUCUGUAUGAGUACACAUUCCAUAUAUCUUUGAGUUACCGUGAAAUAGUGAAGGAAUGUUUGAGGUA